UAAAAGAUUAAUAAUGUUCAGAUGAUUAUGACGAUGACAUCAAAACCCAAGUAGAUGUAUACUUUUAAUAGUCGAGGCGGAAUUAAUUUCUAGAGAGUAGAAAUAAGUAAGGUUAAAGGUUAAAGUUUCUUCUUUUUUUUUCCAAUUUUGCGAGCGGUGUUUGUAAACUAAUGGAGUUAUAAAAAAUACUUUUCUUACAUUUUUUAAACGAAUAUUAGUUUUGUUUUAAGUAUGGCUGCUGCCACAGUAGUUAUUGAAGAAAAAAGUGACGCUGUCGAUAGACAGAAAGUUUGUCCUUUUUUACUAAGAGUUUUCGUUACCUCGAAUGGUUCCCACCAUAAACCAUCUGAUUAUAUUAAAGGAAACACUCCUCAAAACGAACUACAAAUUUACACUUGGAAAGAUGCUACUCUACAUGAGCUGACUCAAUUAGUCAAAGAAGUUAAUCCAGAGGCUAGACGAAAGGGAACAAAAUUCAGUUUUGCUUUUGUGUACCCAGAUAUGAGACAGUCUGUGUACAGAAUAAGAGAAAUCGGAAAUACAGUAACUGGUGUUAAAGGACCAGACGAUUUGAAGACAUUGGGUCUCUUAAGGCUUAAUAUUGGCGAUUAUCUCGAUAUUGCUAUCACUGCUCCAGAUACGUGGAAUUCUGCAAGAAAGGGGUAUUCAAACAAUUAUAAUUCUAGGUCUAGACCAUAUUAAUAUGUAUAUUAUAGAAAAAGGACUUUCUAUGUGUUUAUUUAGAUAUAUUUUCCUGAAUUCUGUAAGUAAGAGGCUGAAUAGCUUGUUGCUUAAUGUAUGUUUUAAGUAAUUUUUUAAAAAUUAGUAAUAUGUACAUUUGUAUCCCCUGAAACUCAACAAAAUAAAUGUUUUGACUAAUAACCAAAAA